AUGACCACAAUGGAGAGCGCGGAACAGAGCGAACCUACUCCGCAACGCACCGAAAAGACCGACUCAGCCUCGUCAGAUCCCUUCUUUCGUGUGCGUCUCAUCAACAUCGAUCACAUCCUCACGGCACCCACCCCGCUUGACCGCACGCAAUGCGCCUUCAAUGCCGAAGGUCACACGCUUCGAAAGGUGCCCAUCCUCCGCAUCUUUGGCGCCACCCCUGCGGGACAGCGCGUCUGCGUCCACAUACACAAUGUCUACCCGUAUUGCUACAUACAAUACAAGGGCUCUCUUGAACCCGAUGACGUGCUCAGAUACAUUCAUCGCCUCGGAAGGGAGCUCAACGCGGCUAUGGCCGCCUCCCUCCGCCGCAAUCCCCAUGAUCCAGAGCUCAACCAGUUCGUUGCUGCCAUUCAUCUUUGCAAGGGAGUCAACUUCUACGGCUACCAUGUCGGGUACGCCUAUUUCCUCAAAAUCUCGUUCGUCGAUCCGGCGCACAACUAUCGCAUAGCAGCCAUUCUGGAGUCUGGCGGUGUCAUGAAGACGGGUUUUCAGCCAUUCGAGAUUCACAUUCGCUACCAGCUCCAGUUCAUGCUCGACUACAACAUCUUCGGCUGCGACUAUCUCGACCUUGACGACGUACGCUUUCGUUUGCCCAUUCCCGAUGGAAGCGCAAUCGCUAGUGACGAGCCAUCUCCUCUUGACUUUCGCUCCAAGAUCUGGAAUCGCAAUUCCAUACCCUACGCCCAUGUGCAAGCCCAGGAUGUCCACCGCGGCACUCACUGUGAGCUCGAAGCUGAUGCAAGCGCUCCCUGGAUCAUCAAUCGGCGCAGACUCAAAGAGAGGGACAUCCACAGCGACUUUGACGAAAUGUCUCCCGCCUCGCCCGACCAAAAUAUCCUCGUUCCGAGUCUGUCAGGUUUGUGGGACGACGAAAAGAAUAGGCGGAACGCAGCUGGCCUGCCGCCUUCCAUACCUACAGCGGAUCCGACUCGGGAUCCGCGAUUAUACGCGACCGGCGAGUCUCCGCCUUGGAUGUCAGAAGAUCGCAUGCGGCUACUGCUCGAAAAGAGAAUCAUCGACGAGAAGCAGAAGACGCUGCCUCGCGAACGCAGUGCCGGCCACUUCACCGACCGACCAGGUCUGGACCAGUACAUCAUGACCACAUUCGACGCCGUCGAAGUCUUCCACCCAUACCAGGACCAGAUCCACGCCGCUGAUCCUUACUCGCAGCGUACAGGUCCUUCUGCUUCUUCGAAACUGUACGAUCUGCAGCACGCCAUUUCACAAACGCAACGUGGUGAAAGUCACCCGACGGAGCCUACUCAAUUGACCCAACAGCUGAACCAGGAGACGGACGACUUUGAUACCAAAUAUUUCAAAAGCCAAAACUUCCACCAUCUUCUGCAACAAGCCGAGAAGGAGGACAUUGCAGCCAAUCAGGAUCCACCCUCCGAUCAGGAAGACGACGCAAAUGAUAUUGACCCGAAUGAGCCGAUAGACGCGCAGCCUGACGGGCCAGGAACCCCACGCAAGUGGCACAGGACAGAUAGCUCGCGAUCCAACAUGUCCACAAGCAGCAACUUCAGCAAAAGUCCCUUGUCUACACCCAAGAAACGUCAACACACCGACUUUCUUGGCAACGGUGCAACGACGCCUCAGGCGAGCCCUUCUUCCAGACUUACAAAAGACGUUCACGAAGACAGCGUACGCAAGUUCAAACAAGCCAAGCACGAUCACUCUGCGGGUAGUACAGGCGGCAGCAAUGGCUAUCGCUCCGCGCAUGUCAUCGAUUCCAGCCGCUCCGCAAGGGUCAGAUUUGUCGAAGCUGGUUCGCCAACGCCAGUCAGCAAGACACGUCGUCCAGAGAUGCUACCCUUGCUACCGAGCUCAGCACCCCGCAAACGUCUCAUCGCGUUUCAUGAGCCUGCCCCAUCCCUGCGUACUGUGGUGGAAACCUUUCCGCUGUUCUCCAUCGUGCGUCAAGUCCAUCCCGAACCGUUCUUCAGCGACCCCAACGAUAUACCUACGCGACCGAGAGAGUAUGCCGGCCGCAUGUUCCAGUUUCAAUCUCGCACACUGCCGUUCUUGCGGACAUUUGAGCACUGGAAUCAAUCAGGUGAACCUGCUCCUUCGACACAGCCCGGCAAGCCGCCCAGACGGCUUCACUGGCAAUUUGGGCCGCCUCCACCGACCGUGCUCGAGGCUCGCGCAUGGCGACAGAAGGAAAAAGUGGUCGAAAAGCAGCGUUCCAAGCGACGCCGUGCGCGUCUUCUCUCUCAGAUCGAGAGGCUGACUCAGGCCAACGACUUUGGUUUCAAGAUAUCCCAGCACAAGGCUACCACGUUGGUCAUGCGUGACAAACAGCACAUGACCACCCUCGCCGUCGAAGUGUUGACCACCACGCGGGGCAAUCUCUUCCCAGAUCCAGCGUUUGACGCGGUGCAAUCGAUCAUCUAUUCGUUUCAGAACGAAGAUGAGAAAUUGCAGGACACUGGGAGUCGGGCCGAUCUGCGCACAGGUCUCAUCAUUGUCGCAGGGGACGACGACGUCCACGUCGAUCGUCUCGGCUUGUCUCACCUGGCCCUCGAGGUUGUCGAAGACGAGCUGGAGCUCUUCAACACGCUCAUCGAUCUUGUCCGCGCCUUUGAUCCAGAGAUCAUGGUCGGCUGGGAGAUCCAUUCGUCCUCCUGGGGCUACAUCAUCGAACGCGCCAGCAAGGAGUACGACUUUGACCUGGUGCCUCAGAUCGGACGCGCCAUCGUCCACAACACGGGUCGAGCCGGUGGCAAAUCUGACAACUACGCUUAUACCCAAUCUUCUGCCCUUCGCAUCACCGGCCGACACACGCUCAACCUCUGGCGACUCAUGAAGGGCGAAUUGACGCUCAAUCUCUACACUCUCGAGAACGUGUGCUACCAUCUGCUGCACCGUCGUAUACCCAAGUUCUCGCAUCAGACGCUGACGCAGUGGUUCAAGUCCGGGCGUGCAGAGUUGAUCAGAAAGGCGUUGCUCUACUACAUCGACAUGGUAGAGUUGGAGCUCGAGAUCAUUGCCGAGUCGGAAUUCGUCAUGCGAACGGCGGAGUUCGCCAGGAUCUACGGUAUCGAUUUCUUCUCCGUCAUCUCGCGAGGAAGCCAGUUCAAGGUCGAGAGUAUCAUGCUUCGCAUCGCAAAGCCUGAGAAUUUUGUGCUGAUCUCGCCUAGCCGGGCGCAGGUGGGCAAGCAGAACGCGGCCGAAUGCUUGCCCCUCAUUAUGGAGCCGCAAUCGGCUUUCUACAAGGGCCCACUGAUCGUGCUCGACUUCCAAUCCCUCUAUCCCUCGAUCAUGAUCGCGUACAACCUGUGCUACUCGACCUGCCUCGGUCGCGUAUCUGGCUUCAAAGGGACCAGCAAAUUUGGCGUUACCGAAUACUCGCCGCCGAAAGGCUUGCUGAGUCUGCUCCAAGACGAUGUCAACAUCUCGAGCAACGGUCUGCUGUUUGUCAAGCCCAGCGUGCGCAAGUCGCUGCUAGCAAAGAUGCUUUCCGAGAUCCUCGACACGCGUGUGAUGGUCAAGGGCUCGAUGAAGGGUACCAAGGCGGACAAGUCGUUCCAACGCAUCCAGAAUGCCAGACAGCUCUCGCUCAAGCUGCUCGCUAACGUGACGUACGGCUACACUUCGGCGAGCUUUUCAGGGCGCAUGCCGUGCGUCGAGAUCGCCGAUGCUAUCGUCCAAACCGGCAGAGAGACGCUGGAAAAGGCGAUGGAUCUGAUCAACGGUACCGAAGAGUGGGGCGCUCAGGUUGUAUACGGCGACACGGACUCGCUGUUCGUGUAUCUGCCCGGCCGGACGAAGGAGGAAGCGUUUCGACUCGGCAACACCAUCGCCGACAAGGUGACCAGCCUCAACCCGCGUCCGGUCAAGCUCAAGUUCGAGAAGGUCUAUCUACCGUCUGUCCUACUAGCUAAGAAGCGAUACGUCGGGUUCAAGUACGAAACGCUCGACGAGCGCGAACCUGGCUUCGACGCCAAGGGCAUCGAGACAGUGAGACGCGACUUCCAUCCCGCCAUCCAGCGCAUGCUUGAGGCGUGCAUACGGAUCUUGUUCCGAUCUCGCGAUCUCAGUCUGGUAAAGAGCUACCUUCAGCGACAGUGGCGCAAGAUCCUCGAGGGUCGCGUCAGCCCGCAGGAUUUCAUCUUCGCAAAAGAGGUACGUCUCGGAUCGUACAGCGACAAGGUGGCGCCGCCUCCUGGAGCUGCGGUCUCAUCGAGACGCAUGCUGGCCGAUCCGCGAUCUGAACCGCAGUACGGGGAACGAGUGCCCUAUAUCAUCUCGCAGGGCGAACCGAGGGCAAAGUUGAACCAACAGGCGGUGUCACCAGAGGCGUUCCUGAAGAAUCCUCAACUCCAAAUUAAUGCGCUCUACUACAUCACUCGCACCAUCAUCCCGCCUCUAGCUCGAGUAUUUAACCUGCUCGGUGCUGACGUGGAAGCGUGGUUUCACGAGAUGCCGAAACCCAACAAUGCGUACUGGAACAAACGCCCUACUGUGGCGCUGCUGUCUGCCGUGCUAGCUCAACAGGAGGAGAUAGAAGCAGAAGCAGCCGAGAACGCUGAUGGUGGCGUCUCUUCGCAAAGGCUCGCAACGGGAAAAGGCACAAGCAGUGCUGCGAUAGCGACGCUCAACUCGCACUACGCCACCGAAACCUGCCUGCUCUGCUCAUCCCGCACCGAAGCGCUCGUCUGUCUAGACUGUCGACAAUCGCCUCAGCAAAGCAUCCACGCCAUAUCGUCGAAGUUGCACAAGCUGCAAUCGCAAGCGGCUGCCAUCGAUAGGAUCUGCUCCACCUGCGCGGGGAUGGAACGACCUGGUCCGGUAGAGUGCGUCAGCUUGGACUGUCCGUACACGUAUCAAAAGACGAAGGUGCACAAAUCUCUCGAAGAUGCAGCGCUGGUGAAUGCGUAUGUCUCGCGAUUGUUCGGCUCGGACAUGCAGCGUCAGGCUGGUGUGGAGGAUGCUUGGGUUGGGACCGAGGGCGAGGGCAGUGGUAUGGAUAGCUAUUGA